GGAGGUGCGUGCUCCACGAUGGACUGUCAAUUGAACACACGUUGUGUGGAAAGACGUGGCGGUGGUGCAGUCUGUGUGGAAGGUCCCACUGUCAGCAGUACCCUGGAGUCGAGCUGCUUCACGGACUCCGACUGUUCAGCGGUCAGGAAGUUUGUCUGCUUCACGAAGACCUGCAAAUGUAUACCAGGGUACAGCUUCAACCCUGCCAACAACAGCUGUGUGAGACGCUGCAACACAUAUGGUAGAGGAUUCACGACAUACCGAGGCCUGGCUAUGGUUGACAACAAUGACAGAAUAAAAUUGACUAAAAAUGUAAAGAAAUGUUCUGAAAUGUGCUUUAGAGAGAAGAGGUUUCUUGUAUCACCUUCGAGAAAUUUAUCGGGCAUCCAUCGUGCCACCUUUCAAAAUCCGGGUAUCUAGACGUGCCACCAUCCAUGAGAUGCACGGGGUACAACGACUGGAUCUUUUCUGUGAGAAACUGUGCAUAACACAGAUGCCAAAGAAGGGCAUUUCUUCAUUGAGUGAGUAGUGAGUUGGCUAUUAGCAAUAUUCCAGAAAUGGCAUGGCGGGGGAUAUCAGAAAUGGGCUUCGCGCAGUAUACCCAUG